GGUGCGCGGUGUUCUCCCCUGCCCUCGCCAAAGAAAAAGCUUGCUUUUCAGUGCUCGGUCUGUCAACCAGCAGACUGGCAAAGACCAACCCACCACGACUUCUCGUCGUCCUCCUCCUCUUUCGUGGUUACGGGGUUCGGAAGGGGGGCGCAUUUGGAUUUGGGUUUCCUCCUAGUCCUCUCUCGGCGGCCAUCGUCCUAACGAUCCCGGUGAGAAAGAUCCCCGGCCGCUACAAAUGCAUUAUCUUUGAGGCGCCGCCUGCGAGUUUCGUCCGUUUACCGCCACCCUCCAAACCGUCCCAAGGCCGCGACAAGAUCUCCUCUACGGCGAUCUUCUCCGCCCGAUCCUCCCCCCGCUGGCGAUGGUUAACGUUAUGAUGAAGACCAAUCCUGACCCAGUGGUUCUAGCUAAAGCCAUGAAAGCUAGAAAAAGCGUUGUGCAAAUCUAUCACGUCAAGAAAAUUGAUGGGAAGAAGUGCACCACUAGCUCCGGCACUGGUUUCAUCAUCAAGACCAGAGAUGCAGAUUGUGUUGUGGUAACUAACAGGCACGUGACUGCUGGAAAGGAACCUUUCGACGAAGCUAAUGACAAGCUCUUUGUUAGAUUUAUCCGUGGGAGUGGUGGAGUUGAGGACCGACCUGGUCUUCUAAGGUUUUAUGACUUCUUCGUGGACCUUGCUUUUAUUGAAGUCCAAGGACUGAGGGGGAAAAUGCCACCAGCUCUACGUUUUACUAUGGCAAGUGAAUUGCAAAUUGGGACAAGUGUUGUUGCCAUUGGCUACUGCAAUACAAGUGGCGUGACACGGCCAGAUCCAGAUAUGCCUGAAGUUUAUGCUAGGAUUCCAUCGGUUUGCCCUGCAUUGAUUGCUGGACCAGUGUGGCGAAAGGGAGAAGAUGACAAGGAUGAGGAAGAGGAAGACGAUGAAGAAGAAGACGAGGAUGAAGGGCACGAACAGUGGCUGCACCUUGACUCUCCAUCGAGGGAUGGAUGCUCAGGAGGCCCUGUGAUGUGCGCGCGUGGUGUCAUUGGAGUCGUUGCUCAGGCUGCCCUACAGAUUACUGCGUCCGUUAGCACUGAAUCAGUACAUGAAGUGCUGAAACGGUGGCUCGGCAUUCCAUUGGAGGAUGACAGGAGUGUGCAGGCGAUCAUCGAUACAUUACUGUGAUCGCGCCUUGACGGCUGCUACUUCGCUGUGGAGUCAGGCUGUGAAUUGUGAACUUUGACAUGUUCGCCUUUUCAAGGGCAUACCGUGUCAUUUUGUUCUCCAUGAGAAACCAGAAGAAGCAAAUGUACUGUUUAUGUACAAACGUGUGACGUUUUUGGAGUAAAUUUGUCUAAAACCCCAAGACCCCAACACAUAGAUGCCUAUUAACUA